GUGUUUCAAACAUCGAGUUCGGAUAUAUCGAUUCAAAUGGCUGCUGAAAUGGCUUUGAAGCAUUUGCGCAUUGGCGUCGAUGUUGGUGGUACAAAUACUGAUGGCGUUAUCAUUGAUCCCACACGGUCAUCAGAGGUUGAUAGAGGGAUAGUGGCUUGGCACAAAGCCCCGACUACAACAGAUCCGAGUCAUGGAAUUGCCAACGCAAUUACGACCAUGUUCGAAGCUGCUUCGGUGGACCCAGCGUCCAUAGCCAGUGUGACGAUAGGAACCACGCAUUUUGUCAAUGCUGUCAUCACUCGAGAUGCUACACGGCUUUCGCGUGUGGCGGUCGUACGCCUAUCUGGACCAUUCAGUAAACACGCCCCUCCGUGUGUAGACUGGCCUUCUCCACUACGCAACUUGAUCCUCGGCCACUUUGUCCUUGUACAAGGAGGGCUAGAAGUCGAUGGCGAUCUGAUUAGCGACAUCAACGAAGAAGAGAUUGCCGAACAGUGCAAGAUCAUCAAAGAGAAGGGUAUUACGAGCAUAGUGGUGAACGGAGUAUUCAGCCCCAUCGACACUGUCCAACGACAAGAAGAGCGAGCUGCCGAGAUCAUCAAACGCGAGCUCGGCAGCGUAGAUGUUGUUUUGAGCAAGGACGUGGCCAAUCUAGGGUUCCUAGAGCGUGAGAAUGCAGCCAUUCUAAACGCGUCCAUCUUGUCUUUUGCUCGACAAACAAUCUCCUCCUUUCAAACACCCAUUAAGAACCUCGGCCUCAACUGCCCUGUGUUCAUCACACAAAAUGACGGGACUAUCCUCUCGGGAGAAGCUGCAUCUCGUCUACCGAUCCGCACAUUCAGUUCCGGACCUACCAAUAGUAUGCGCGGUGCUGCUUUUCUGGUUGGCAAGGAAGGAGCGGGCGAAGCGAUGAUGGUCGUUGAUGUGGGUGGAACCACUACGGAUGUCGGUCUGCUACUCGCGACCGGCUUUCCGCGACAGCAAGCAGCUUACUCCGAGCUAAGUGGCGUCCGAAUGAACUUUUCGUACCCUGAUGUCAAAAGCAUCGGCCUUGGCGGAGGUUCCAUCGUCUCCAAGAUCGGAGAUCAACUGCAAGUUGGCCCGGAGUCUGUAGGCUACAAACUCCCAGAGGAAGCGUUGGUGUUCGGCGGGGAUGUACCCACUGCGACAGACUAUACUGUCGCUUCAGCAAGUGGUGUCAAAAUAGGCGACUCCGAAAAGGUCCGUGAUAAGUUUGCGCAGGAAGAUCGAGAGGCUUUCCAGACCGAGACUCGUCGCAUGCUUGAGCAGAUCAUCGAUACAAUGAAGACAUCCCCCGAGGACCUCCCUGUCCUCCUAGUCGGAGGCGGCGCAGUCAUCGCGCCGGAUUCACUCAAAGGCGCAAGCCGAGUAAUCAAGCCAGAAUGGUCAGGCGUUGCGAAUGCUAUCGGUGCUGCUAUGGCGCGGGUAAGCGCAGUUGUCGACACGGUUCGUUCCACCGACACGAAAUCGGAGAAAGAAGUUCUUGCUGAGAUUGAGCAAGAAGCGAAGAAGAAAACGAUCGAAGCCGGGGCGUCCGCCGACUCUGUUAGCAUCGUUGAAGUGGAAGCUCUACCGUUGCCGUAUGUGGCUGACAAGGUACGGUUUGUUGUCAGAGCCGCCGGAGAUUUCGAUUACUCCAGAUCUGGAGACUUUGCGCAAUCGCAUAAUGUGGACGUAACGCAGCCUGCAUUUGACCAGAAAGCAAGCCAAGCAGGCAAGACAGAACAUCUUUUGGAGGCUGCUCAAUCAUCUGAAGAGCAGGACAAGGACUAUGCCACCUCAGUAGACUUUGACACAUAUAAACCACGCGUUAUCAAUCGUGAGUGGAUGAUAUCGGAAACGGAUCUUCAAUGGAUAACGAUAGGAUGUUACAUUCUCGGAACCGGAGGAGGCGGCUCACCUUACUCAACCAUGCUUCGCGUGCGCGGAAUUCUACGAAACGGAGGUACCAUCCGAGUAAUGAGUCCAGACGACCUCCAAGACGACGACAGAGUCGGAUGUGGAGGCGGUGCAGGAAGUCCAACAGUAGGAAUCGAGAAGCUAGCCGGUGACGAGAUGAUGCACGCCCAGGAGCACCUCUACACUCUCUACCCGGGCGGCCGACCAACCCACUUCAUCCCCAUCGAGAUAGGCGGCUCCAACGGCCUCCAAGGCCUCGUCAUGUCGGCCUCCUCGAACCUCAACAUCCCCUGCGUAGACGGCGACUGGAUGGGCCGCGCGUACCCCACAAAAUGGCAAACCACGCCCGUCGUCUUCGGCGAGCGCAACAUCAUCUUCGCACCCGUGUGCAUCGCCGACGGCAACGGCAACGUCAUGUACAUGCCCACAGCUACCAGCGACCUGAAAGUCGAGCAGAUCUUCCGCGCGGCGUUGGCCCAGAUGGGGAGUGCUGUCGCUUCUGCGGAUGGACCCGUCUCGGGCGCGGAAACGAGAAGGUGGGCCGUGGAACAUACGCUGAGUUUGUCGUGGCGGAUUGGACGGGAAGUCGCGCGUGCGCGGAAACAGCACCGGCUCGAGGACGUCGCAUCGUGCAUCAUCGACGCUGUUGGGGGGUCGGAAACGGGCCGUGUGCUGUUCAAGGGCAAGAUUGUGGGCGUGGAGAGGAAAUUGUGGAUGGGGCAUGUUUAUGGGGAGGUUAUUGUCGAGGGUCGCGAUGCUGCGGAUGCCUCGUCACCGUUCUCUGGGAAGAUCAAGAUCCCGUUCAAGAACGAGAAUAUUGCGGCGAUCCGUUUGCAUGAGGGGCGGGAGAAUAAGACGGGCGAGGAGAGGGACGAAGAUGUCUUGGCGAUUGUGCCGGAUCUGGUGGCUGUGAUUGAUGCGCAGAAUGGGGAGGCAAUUGGGACGCCAGAGUAUAGAUACGGGUUGCUCGUACAUGUUAUUGGGUUGACGGCAAGCAAUCGCUGGACAAGCCCCAAAGGCAUCGAGAUUGGCGGGCCGAAGGCUUUUGGUUUGGGGCAUCUAAAUUAUAAGCCUCUUGGGAAGUUUGUGAAGCCGGUCAGCGUGAUCGACGAGUAUGACGGGAAAUAA